AUACAUACAACAAAAUCAGAAGAUGUAGUACUUAAUAUAUAUGUUUGUGUUUAACAAAAUAAACUAUAACUGUCACUCGUGUCUCCCCAGCCAUGAAAAAAAAGUGUGCAAGCCUACAUUCCUUUCAUGGCUACGUAUGUAGUCGAUUUUUCAACGUUUUUAGUUUGAGCCUAUUUUCUUUACAGCCUGUUAGUAUUUGUAGCUAUUAGCUGCUUUAUUCCGAGAUGACUACGUCGGAUGUUGCUCAGGGGGACAAAAAUGCCCGGCCCCUGUCCUUGUCUGGCCAUGUUGGCUUCGACAGCCUACCUCACCAGCUGGUCAACAAAUCAACAUGUCAAGGUUUCUGCUUCAAUAUCCUCUGUAUUGGCGAAACGGGUAUUGGCAAAUCCACCCUAAUGGACACACUGUUCAACACUAACUUUGAGAACUUUGAGUCUUCUCACUUCGAGCCCAAGGUGAAGCUGCGAGCGCAGACCUAUGACCUGCAGGAGAGCAACGUGCGGCUCAAGCUGACCAUCGUCAACACAGUGGGCUUUGGGGACCAGAUGAACAAGCAGGAGAGCUACCAGCAUGUUGUGGACUACAUUGACACCCAGUUCGAGUCGUAUCUACAGGAGGAGUUGAAGAUCAAGCGGUCCCUCCACAACUACCACGACUCCCGUAUCCAUGCCUGUCUCUACUUCAUCGCCCCUUCAGGACACUCUCUCAAGUCCCUGGACCUGGUCACCAUGAAGAAACUGGACAGCAAAGUCAACAUCAUUCCUGUCAUCGCCAAAGCAGACACCAUCUCCAAGAGCGAGCUCCACAAGUUUAAGAUCAAGAUCAUGAGUGAGUUGGUCAGUAACGGUGUCCAGAUCUACCAGUUCCCUACUGACGACGAGACGGUCUCCAAGAUCAACACUGCCAUGAAUGGUAUCCUGCCUUUUGCUGUUGUGGGGAGCUCAGAGGAGGUGAAGAUUGGAAAUAAAAUGGUCAAAGCUCGGCAGUAUCCCUGGGGUGUGGUGCAAGUGGAGAAUGAGAACCACUGUGACUUUGUGAAGCUGAGGGAGAUGCUGAUCUGUGUGAACAUGGAGGACCUGAGGGAGCAGACCCACACGCGCCACUACGAGCUCUACCGCCGCUGCAAACUGGAGGAGAUGGGAUUCACAGACACAAACCCAGAGAGCAAGCCAGUCAGCCUGCAGGAGACCUAUGAAGCCAAGCGUCACGAGUUCCUGGGAGAUUUGCAGCGGAGAGAGGAGGAGAUGAGGCAGAUGUUUGUCCAGAGAGUCAAGGAGAAGGAGACUGAGCUGAAGGAAGCUGAGAGAGAGUUGCAAGGUAAGUUUGAGCAGCUGAAGAGACUGCACUCUGAGGAGAAGAGCAAGCUGGAUGAGAAGAGAAGGUCUCUGGAGGACGAGAUCAACACCUUCAGCAAGAAGAAAACAGCUACCGAGCUGCUCCAAGGCCAGUCCUUCAACACUAACGCCAACCUCAAGAAGGACAAAGACCGUAAAAACUCUGGGUUCAUGUGAAGAAAUAAAUGGACAAAGACCCCCUCCCAUCAGACAGACAGAAGACAAAUAAAUACAAAAUGGAAUACA